AUGCCUGAGUACGAGCUCUUCUAUUUCCCCAUCACCGGCUUGGGUGAGCCCAUUCGUCUCGCCUUUGCCCUGGGUGGCAUCCCUUUCAAGGACACCACCCCGGCCACUGACGAGACCUUCAACGACCGCAAGGCCGCACUCCAUCCCUACCUGCCGGAAGCCGGCGGCAUGCCGAUCCUCACCAUCGACGGCAAGGCCUUCGCCCAAUCCCGCGCCAUCCUGCGCUAUGUGGGGCGCAUCGCGAAGUACGAGGGCGAGCUGCUGUACCCCACAGAUCCCAUGGAACAGCUGCUGUGCGAUGAGCUGAUAGAAAUUGCAGAGGACAUGCGUGCGCCGAUCCCUGCCACUUUUGCGAUCCAGGACGAGGAGGAGAAGAAGGCGGCGCGCGCGGCAUUGGUGGCCGAGGAUGGCAAAGUGGCCAAGUGGCUGCGGGUGCUCGACAGGAAGCUGGGGGAAAGCUUCCCAACGAAGGUGACCAUCGGCGCGCUCUACAGCUGGGUGGUGGUCAGCAUUCUCCGCCAGCCCACUUUCCUGGACGGCAUCCCCGCGGGGCACCUGGACAAGUACGCCAACAUCACCAAGCUGCCCCCUGGCAAUGCCGUUGCGGACAGGCUUUGGGUCCAAGGGAAGUUCGCUUUUCAUUUUUUUUCUCCCGGGGAGACAAACACUUGGGGUCAGCAAGAGAAACUUAGAUUCGUUUUCUGUUUUUGUUUUUCCAGAUUUGGAGGAUUUGCUGGUAGAGCAGCAACAAUAAGCGCUAAGAUUGUUUUGUUUUUCAGAUUUGGAGGAGUUGCUGGUAAAGCGGUCACCUACACCAGACAUCUGUGGGGUUAA